GAGCCAGACUGACUUGGGGGAAAAUGUCAGCCGAUUGACUGGGUCCGGCUUUUUUUUUUUUUCCUUUUUCCCCCCUCCCCGGAGCCCACAAGGCCUUGGGGGGACCACCGCCGCGGUCGCCCCGGACUGUGGGUCUCUCCGACCGCGGCCCUGCUGCGGCGGACGCGAAGCUUCUCAGUCCCUUGCAGACGCUGUCUGGCGAGAUCCCACGUGAACAGAUAUGGUCCAGAACUGUACAUGAAUCACAUUAGUUGGAGAUCGUGAGCAUUCAAUAAUGAGUGGUGCAGCUUUAGGACUUGAGAUCGUUUUUGUCUUUUUUCUGGCAUUGUUCCUCCUUCAUCGAUAUGGAGACUUUAAGAAACAGCAUAGACUUGUAAUCAUUGGAACACUGCUCGCUUGGUAUCUCUGCUUUCUUAUUGUCUUCAUACUGCCACUGGAUGUUAGUACGACAAUAUACAACCGAUGCAGACAUGCUGCUGCAAAUUCCAGCCCUCCUGAAAAUAAUAAUGUUACGGGAGUGUAUGCAUCUGUCACCCCAGCUCCGAGACAACACCCAUGUUUCAAGCCAUGGAGUUACAUUCCAGACGGGAUCAUGCCAAUUUUCUGGAGGGUAGUUUAUUGGACAUCACAGUUUUUAACAUGGAUUCUGUUACCUUUUAUGCAGUCAUAUGCAAGAUCUGGAGGGUUUUCCAUCACUGGAAAGAUAAAAACAGCCCUGAUUGAGAAUGCAAUCUAUUAUGGCACUUACUUGCUGAUAUUUGGAGCAUUUCUAAUUUAUGUGGCUGUAAACCCACGUUUGCAUUUAGAAUGGAACCAACUUCAGACUAUUGGGAUAGCUGCUGCUAACACAUGGGGUCUCUUUCUUCUUGUCUUAUUAUUGGGGUAUGGCCUGGUGGAGAUUCCUCGGUCAUAUUGGAAUGGAGCCAAAAGGGGUUAUCUACUUAUGAAGACUUACUUUAAGGCAGCAAAACUGAUGACAGAGAAAGCAGAUGCAGAAGAGAAUUUGGAGGAUGUAAUGGAGGAGGUUCGUAAAGUAAAUGAAAGCAUUAAGUAUAACCACCCAUUGAGAAAAUGUGUUGAUACAAUACUUAAAAAGUGCCCUACAGAUUAUCAGGAAAAGAUGGGUAGAAAUAUGGAUGAUUAUGAAGAUUUUGAUGAAAAGCGUAAUACCUACCCAAGUGAAAAAAGCUUGGUAAAAUUGCAUAAACAGGUUAUUUAUUCUGUUCAAAGACACCGUCGAACUCAAGUGCAAUGGCAAAUUCUUUUGGAACAGGCAUUCUAUCUAGAAGAUGUAGCAAAAAAUGAAACUAGUGCAACUCAUCAGUUUGUUCACACCUUUCAGUCACCUGAGCCAGAAAAUCGAUUUAUCCAAUAUUUUUAUAAUCCUACAGUUGAGUGGUACUGGGAAUGCCUGUUGCGGCCAUGGUUUCACAGGAUCCUUGCUGUGGUUUUGUCCAUCUUCUCUGUGAUCGUUGUCUGGUCAGAGUGCACCUUCUUUAGCACGACUCCUGUCCUGUCUCUCUUUGCAGUCUUCAUACAGCUGGCAGAAAAAACAUACAACUAUAUUUACAUUGAGAUUGCUUGCUUCCUUUCCAUCUUCUUCUUAAGUAUCUGUGUUUACUCUACUGUGUUCAGAAUUCGAGUAUUUAAUUACUACUACUUGGCUUCACAUCAUCAGACUGAUGCUUACAGUCUUCUUUUCAGCGGCAUGUUAUUUUGCCGUUUGACUCCCCCUUUAUGUCUUAACUUCUUGGGAUUGACCCAUAUGGAUUCAUCCAUCUCUCACCAGAAUACCCAGCCAACCGCAUAUACAUCUAUUAUGGGUUCCAUGAAAGUUUUAUCCUUUAUUGCAGAUGGAUUCUAUAUAUAUUAUCCUAUGUUGGUGGUAAUUCUCUGCAUUGCUACGUACUUUAGUUUGGGAACCCGUUGUUUGAAUCUGCUUGGUUUCCAGCAGUUCAUGGGAGAUAAUGAUAUGACAUCAGAUCUAGUUGAUGAAGGAAAAGAAUUAAUCAGACGAGAGAAAAGAAAAAGACAAAGGCAAGAGGAAGGUGAAAAUCGAAGAAGAGAAUGGAAAGAACGUUAUGGACACAACAGAGAAGAUUCUACUAGGAACAGAAAUGUUCAUCCUGACCCCAAAGAGUCAAAUUUCUCAGAUACUACUACCAAUUGGUCAUCCAAGUACACCAGGGCUAAUAACAGAACUGAAAGAGACCGAAUAGAACUUCUCCAGGAUGCAGAACCUUUGGAUUUUAAUGCUGAAACAUUCACUGAUGAUUCUCUGGAACCUGAAUCAGGAAGGUAUCAACCUGGUGGACGAUAUCUCUCUAUGUCUUCCAGCAUAAUAUUUGAAGAUAUCUAAAGUCUGAAGAAAAUCAUGGCUCAAGUAACCAAGGUCAUCACAUCAGCUCAGCCUUUAUGAACAUCAUUGUGACCUACAAUUCAUCUGUACUCUCUGUGAAUAAUAAGGAUAACAAAAAUGGCAUUGAAAAUGGAUCCCAUCUUAACAAUAUUAAGUUAUUGUUUGUUAACUAGAGUAUCAUCUUUUUUGAUAGGAUUUAUUAUAUACCAUCUGAAGUGUCUGCCUUAGAAGUGUAGUUAAAUGGAAGGAUUCAGUUCAUGAUAAAGAGAACACAGUUGGUUUCAAGUUACUUUUUUUCAGGAGAGUUAUUUUAAAGUUCAAGGAACUCAUAAGUCAUACUAAAUGCUACUAUUUUAUAACUGUAAUUUAAAUUUAUUCAACCUACAUUUCCCAAAGAAGUGAAAGUGAACUGAGACCUCAGAUAAUUACUGUAUUUACAAAACUCAUGUCUUAAAAUAAGGCUUCCUUAUCAGACAUAACUGAAUGUAAACAACCCUUCUUCCACUCUGUAUACAAAAUAGUGGGAUUUUGCAUGUGUAGUUAAGAUUAUUCUUCAAUUGAUAGUGUUAGUGUCUUUGGCAUGUGUAUUCUAAUUGAGUGAGGUGUUAUUUUCAUUCUUUGUGGUAACUGGAUCUUUUUAUGGUUUUCAUAUUGUUGCUUUGUAAAAGAUUUUCAUUUCAGAGAAAAAUAUUCACCUUUAGCAUUUAGCAUACUGACUUGACACUGAUCAUUCCAGCCAAGAAAAAAAUAAUAAAUAUUAAGGAUGGGUAAUAUAUAUAUACAUAUAUAUAUAUAUAUAUAUAUAUAUAUAUAUAUAUAUAUAUAUCCAAAGAGUUCCCCAAGUUCUCUAAUACUUAAAAGAUGCCUGUUAAUACUCCUUGAAAAGAAAAUAUUUGGCUACUUUGGCUAUUCAGAUGUAAAAAGAAAAAUAAUCCAUUUAUGAUUAUUGCUAGCAUUAAAAUUUUAGCUUAAAAAACAAAUGUAUUAGGAUGAAAAUGUGUAGUAAUAAUUUUUUUGUUAAACACGCUUAUUAUUUUAAAUUGGUUGUUUCAACCUUUGCAUUUAAGCCAAAGUUGAGUAUUAUGUUUAAAGAGCCAGUGUUUUAUUACAAAGUGAACAUGAUUUGAGCACAUGUUUGCAGGAAUUGUUCUAUGAUCCUGAAAUAUUUGUGUUUCUUCCGGAAUCCAUUCUACAUGAAUGACCAGAUUUGAAGUUGUCCAGACAGUCUCGUGCCUAUUUUCCUUGCAAUUAUUCCUAGUGCUCAAGUGUUACUUUGCCAUAUGUUGAGGACAUAGUUCUAUGUAGGUACUGAAAGGAAGGAUGCAUCAUUUCUCAUUAUCUUUCUUUUUUAAUGGUCGUAUUUUUUAUAGCCUUUCAAGUAGAGCCCCUUUUAAAUAAUUAUCAGUAGAGAGCUACUCUGAAUUGAAGGUUGCAUGCCUGCUUAAUUCAAGGACACAUAAGGCAUAUAACCUUUUACUGUGAAAUGCGGUCAGAGAGCAGUUGACCAGAGCAGUGAUAAUGUAAUGCUGUUUAUAAUUUUGUGAUUGGUUCCUGAAAUACCUUGGGCAGAUCAUGGAACCUUUCAGUGCCUCAAUUUCUUCAUUUUUUAGAAUGAAGGACGUAUUUGCUACUUACCCACUGAUCUACCUCACGAAACUGUUGUGAGGGGGUUCGGGUGAUGAUUGUGUGCUGGGGUUUCUGCUGGGCUGUUUUGUUUGUUUGUUUGUUUGUACUUGUUUUUUUAAGUAGCACUUUGAAAGUAAAAAGGAUGAUUAUCACAGUAGGGGGUCUUUGAGAAGCUUUAAAGUCCCCAAAGCAAAAUGAACUAAUUAGUCUAAAGUCCCUGAAACCGUGUUUCAUCAUUUGUUCUGUGGAUUUGCUUUGAAAUAUUUUUCUUAAAUAUGAUUUUUGUUAAAAUUUUUCUUCAUACUCAGAUACUAUUGUUGUAAUAGAAGGAUAAAAAGAGAAGAAAUGUCCAAUUUUACAAUUAAUUUUGAUAACACACUAAGCAAAUUGAUAGGAAUGUAUAAAGGAAUUCAGGUAUUUUCCUUUUAAGUUACACUAAUAGAAGCAUACGUUUAUAUACAUAUGUAUAGAUACAUACAUACACACACAUACUGGCUUUUGAGUUACUUCUACAGUGAAUUUUUGUUUCAGUGAUCCAGAAUAUUCAAAUUUUUAGAGUUUCUCUUACGGGAUUUUGUAUGCAACAAUGUAGAAAAGUUACUUCGCUGAGUAAAUUUGUGUAUAGAAGGUAAUGAUUUCAUGCUAGAAGACUGAGUUUAUUUCUGAGGAAUUAAGUUAAUAUUUAUUAAGCUUUGUGUAAAGCAUUGGUAGUAUGUACAAUAUUUUUAUUUUUGAGACACUUAUUAAUAUGUAAUAAUACAGUCACAAAAAUAUUAAUACAGAGUUCAUAUGCUUUACAUGCAAAAUGGUUUUCUUAAAGAAUUAUUUCUGAUACUUUUUCAUGUCUUUCUUACAUGUUAAUAAAUAUUUGAUUAGAAUGAUCUAAAGUUUAGGUUUUUUGAUACAGGGUCUCAUGUAGCCCAGACUGGCCUCAAACUGUCUGUAUAACUGAGAAUGACCUUGAACUUUCUCUUCCACUUCCCAAGUUCUAAGAUUAAAGACAUGUGCCACAGCACCCAAAUCUAUAUUUUUAAAAUAAUUGUUAAGAAUAUUUAACAAGCUAAUAACUCAAAGUAAGUAUUAUAUAAAAAAACUUUAAAUUUCAAGAAUCACUUAUAUAUUGCUAAUUUACUUUUUAAAACUGCAUGAUCAUUUUAUUAAUUAUACAUUUUUAUAAAAGAAUUUUAAAUAAGAAUUAAAACAUAAAGGUAAUUAUAAAUAUUUGCUAUCGUAUCACAUUCAUACAAGAGUUUUAGAAUAAUUUCAUCCCACAAAAGGGUCUCACUUCACGCAAGUGGUGAGACUUAAAGUGUGGGAAGUCCUUAUCAUAAAAACAAAUCAGACUCAACCGCCUAAACACCCCAAAAAGUGUUUUGUUGAUUUUUCUGGCCUCUACCAUUUAAAUUGUCUGAUCUAAAAUUUAAGCAUAUGUGUCCAAAGUAAGUGUAGGUGUGGAAAGUCAUUGUGUAUUUUUUAAAGUUUUUUUUUUCAUCAUGCUAAUGGACAAAUUUCAUUUGUUUAUUUACAGACUUUAUUUUAUAUCUUUAAUAGGUUUAGGGAAUAUUUUUGAUCAUAUGCUGAUUACCAUAUUAAGAGGAAAUAAAACCUAUAAUUACCAUUUAGGCUAUAGUAUGAUUUAUACUUACAAUUUGAAUAGGCCAUGUCUGAAAAAUGAAGGAUGAAAGAAUAUUUGUACUAAGAGACAAAACAUGCCCUUGAGAAGUCCUGGCACACUUAAAUUUUCAAAGUGCAGUGGACUGUAUACAUUGAACUCUCAAAGCUAGGAAGUAAGUGUGUUUAGGGUUGCCUUUCCUUUGUGCCUCCCUCUCCCCCCCUCGCUCCUUCCCAUCUCUGUCAUUUGACUUUCAGGAUGCUGAGGGAUUUUCUCUUUUGUUUGUUUUUAUGUACACAGGUUUUUUGUUUUGCUUUUUGGUUUUUGGUUUUUUUUGGAUGAGCAGUACACUGAAAAGGAACUACUUCUGACUUCAAACCUCAUUACUUGAAACAGCAGCAUUGUACCUAAAGUAGUGAAACAGACUGCUGGAUGAAUGAACAGUGUCUGAAUAGAAGCGUGGUUCAUACUAGCUCAGUGCACUUUCUUUUAGAUGACUAAGGAGGGCGCUGCAGUAAAAAUUAUUUUCACUGUAAAAAAUUGUAUAAAAUGAUUUUAAAAUGCCCAACAUUAAGAACUGUGAGUGCCGGAUGGUGGUGGCGGCGCACGCCUUUAAUCUCACCACUUGGGAGGCAGAGGUAGGUGGAUCUCUGUGAGUUCGAGGCCAGCCUGGUCUACAGAGUGAGUUCCAGAACAGGCUCCAAAGCUACACAGAAAAACCCUGUCUCAAAAAAAAAAAGAAAAAAAGAAAAAAAGUGGGGGGAGAAAAAGAAAACGGAACUCAUAAAAAUGUUCAUGUUUAAAAAUGGAACAAAGGGUUACAGGAGUCUUUGUGAAAUCUGAAUUUUUUUGAUAGUACUUCCAGAUUAGUGGUUUUUUUGUGACUGGAGACUUGGAAGACUAGACAGGUUUAGCCCCAUUUCCAGUUCCUGGAUCUCAGCCCCAUGGUGUGGCCACUACCCUCCUUUCCACUUCGAAGGAAGCAUGCUCUCACCUCUAAUGUCUUACAUAUUAGUCAGUAUAACACAACAACAAAAUGCCAUUUUCAAAGAAUUUAUCCACUGAGAUCAGGUGAAGUAUUGCUAUAAUUUAAAUUUUCCUUAAUAAAGUAAUACUUGGUAUUAUUCUGUCAUUUCUAUCCUAAAAGAUGUUUCGGUUUCUUCCCUAAAAACCUUUUCUUUUGUGAUUAUGUUGAUUACAAAUAAUUUUGUAAAAGAACUUUCUGUGUUUGGUGCAAAAGAGUAGCAAACUGUGGCAGACAUGUCAGGUGAAUCGACAGCACACUGAAGUGCACAGCAUUUGGAGGUGGCAUUAUGGCAGGACUCCACUGUCUUUAUCAAAAGAGAACUGGCUAACAUCUUCCCUAUUUGGCAUGCCAAGUUGGAGGGAAGAGACUGUGUUAUUUAUUUAUUUUUUAAACAAUCCAAUGGAUUUGUUUUUGUCUGUAUUUUGGGAACAACUUGAAGGAUCUUUUCUCAUUUUAGAAGAUAGAGAAUAUAUCUCUCUUAAAUACUAUAACCUAAUAUAUAUAAAUUAUAGCAUUGAAAAUACAAAAAGCUCUAAUUAUUGAUGUUGUUAUUCCCUGGUAUUUAAUUUUUAUAAAUGUUUUUGUAAGUAAGUAAUUGUAGUAUUGCUUUUAAAUAGUUUAAAAGUCAUCCUUAAAUAAGUUCUGAUCCAACAUACUACUUUGAUACAAUAUUCUAAAGUGCAGUACUCUGAUGUGAAUUUGGAACAUGUCUGCAUUUCCUUAGUUUCUUCAUAUGUAUGCAUACACACACAGUACCCAAGAAAAGCAUACCAUAAGCCUAAUUUCCUAUUGCAUUGAUAAAGAGCUUGGUAUUUUGCCAUCAUAUAAUUCAGUUGACUAGAUGAACUAGAACAUAAAUCUUUUUAAAUUAUAUUCAAUCACAAUUUUCAAAAUGGUAACUCUUCAUUUUGGGGGUGCAUGAUGCCAAGUUUAUCUUUAAUCAGCCUUUAUUACUGGAUGUAUAACAAUGGAUGCUUUCCUACUUGUCCAGUAGGUUGUAGAUUUAACUAUUUUUUCUGUAGAUUCUCACUACAUUUUCAAAUCUAUAUUUGGAAAAAACUGCAAAUUGCUAUCAGGAAGUAAGUUAGCAUCUUUGGCCUUAUCUAUGCAUAAUGUUCCUUAAUUUGAUUUUGACAAACUCAUUGACUCACAAUUCCUUUGUAGUAUUGUAACUGACUGUGAUGUAAUGAAUUUUUGAAGUGUUUAUAUGAUUCAUUAUUAAAAUAUAAGAUACAUAGCUUUGCAUGAAAUAAAUUACAUUUCUAUGA